AUGCCUAAGAAGAGAACUUUACCAAAUAGCAUUCGAAGGCGCAUUCUCAGACGACGCUUGCGUAGAAGAGCAUUUGGAAGGCGUGAAAAAUCAAAAAUUGUCAGAAAAAGGGAUUUUGGAGUACAAACGGAACUUUCUUUACUCUCGUUGGAAUCGUCUCUUCAAACUCCAGCCAGUGAAAUUGCUCAGGUUUUAGAAAUAAGUGAAAUCACACGAUUGAAUGCAAAACCAACAGAGUCAAAUUGCCUCCAUUCUAUUCCCCAGCUUGCUUCCUCCACCAAAGAAUUGGCUGAAAAUGGGAAAUGGACAAGACAGAACAAUAAUGAAGAAAUCUUUGAAAAAAGUCGUCAUAGGUUGGAUUCAAAACUUGGAAAUUUCACUAACGGUAAACCUAAGGUAGCAAUUCUGGGUGAAACUACUCAUACGGGUGAUGCACUGACUCAGGAAGAGAAGGUGCUUGAGACACCACAAAAAACAUUCACUUGGAGUAGAAAAGAGACCAUUUUUAAUACUCAAAGAAGUGAAGAUUUUUGUGAUUCCGCAUAUUCUUCAUGCAACCGAGCUAAUGCAAAGCCUUUAGAAACAUCUUUAUCUCCAACGAAAGCACAUAUUUGCAGAACGCCCAUUGCUACCAACCUUACAACACCUUCCUAUAUGGCUCCUACCAUUGCCAGUGUAAGGAAGAUAAGUACUUCAAUUUCAAGAAAUUACAAUUUGGAAAUGAAUACAAGACAACUUGCCCAACACAAACAUUCCGCCCCAAAAACAACCUCACGCCGAAGUUUAAGUCUUGAUGACAUUUCGAUUUUAAAGGCCAAUCAAGAAUAUGACAAUCCUACGGGCUCCAAAUAA